AGCUGGAAGUGUUUCGAAAAUGUCACGAGUGACGAAUGGAAAUAAAAGAGUAGUGUUGUAAUGGGAUUUGCGGUUAGUUAGUAAUAAAGGGGUGAGUUUAUCUUUAUAAUAGCAGAAAAGAGUGAAGGGUAAACGAUGAAAAAGGAUUAAAAAAAAAAAGGAUGAAAAAGUAGAUGUAUAGAUAUGUAUGUUCGACAUUUAUACAUUUUAAAUGUGUGUGUGUGUGUAAAGUAGAAUACAGUGGAGGAAAUAAAAUUCGCGUGGCCGCAACUCUCGAGUCAUCACGCGGCGGCAGUGAUACAAGUAACGCCAUGGAUAGGUUAAAAGAAAAACACGAUAAUUCUCGACAAGCUGAAGUAGUAGCAGGGCUUUAAAGAAAAGUAUAAGCAGCAUAAGAAGAAGAGAGAGAGAGAGAAAAGAAAAGAAGGCAACAGGGUUUGCUGCAGAAAUUUCUACACACAAUCAUGUGAAAGCAUACAGAAUUGGGGGAUUGGUAUUAUAAGCACACGGUAGAAAACAGUGAGUGUGCGCUGUGUGUGACAGGAAGCGCGCUCAUCUAACGAUCGGGCCACGGAAACGCCCGAAACACCACGGAUUUGAACGCGUCGUCGUGGUCGACGUCGUCGGUUCGUUUUCGACGGUUAAGGGAGAGAGAGUAGGUUUGAAAGAGUGGGGCAGGGGAUGGCUACAUACAUUUACUUGGCACGUCGGCGAGGGAACAAGAGCGAGUGAGAGGUGAACAAGCACUGGCAGAGCAGCGGCGGGGCAUAAGUUCCAAGCGAACGAGCCCGUCGCGACGAGAGAGACGACGGGGGUGCGAUAAAAUGCGCGAAGUCGUUCGGCUGUGAAAGGGAGAUCUGAGUGGUACGUUCCAGGGACGCAAAGAAGAGACAAAAAAGACAAAGAGCCUUCUCAGAGAUCAGAGAGACUGGUGCCGUUAGUGUGUUGUAAGUGCAUUUUAUCAGUUGGAACGUUACUUCAUUUACCAAAUAACUCUAAAAGUGUCAUGUGGUCCAAAAUUAUGUAUACUGUAUAAUCAUAAGACAACAACCUAUAAGGAAGAGGGUUCUAAUCGAUUAGAGCCUUUUGACAGCGGAAGAAGCAUCGACGCAUCGUAAAACCGCUUGGUGAUUUUUCUGCCUGCACGUGUGUCCAUUUAUUCAAGUAUAUGUGUGCUAUCAAAAGGAAUAGGAUGUUAAGCAGUUAUGUUUGGGUUGAGUACCGAUAUGAUCCCGAUAACCGAGGGAAUGAAUCCAAGAUUAUAAUUCCAAUCCUUGAAUGUUUGACUUUUUGAGACAUAAUUGUAUUACAUAUAAUACAUUCGACAAUAAAUUGAGUUGUGUUGCUUAUCGGAUCGUGGGGACUUUUAAAAGGUCUCUAGACCAGAGAAUAACGACAAGUAAAAUUGCCAGAGAACAUUUCCUUCAAGAACUGGAGUGUGCAGAGACUGAGGGUGGAGGGAUCAACAUUCCCUUCCUCUCGAAAGUUGUGGAAUGACAAUAAAGAAACGGCUGCGGCCGGAACAGGCGUCAUUACUUGCCGAUACUCAUCACAUUUAGGAGGAAUCACUUCCUCAAUCCUCACUACAUUUCCGGUUUUUUUCUUCUUUCAUUGUUGCUGCUCUUGCCAGAAAACCAUUUAGCAAGCUGGAAUGGCAGUUGAUGCUAAACUAUCUACACUCUCAGUGAGACUCAUACUAGGAGGACUCUAUUUUUUCAUCAUCUUCUUUUGUGUAUACGCUGAUGAAAACUGGGAUAGGGAUGAUGAUCCAAUAUCAACAUCAGAAGUAAUUGCUGUACUUGACAGAAAUGCAUCUUUACCCUGUGACAUUGAACCGUCCACAAGGAAUGACGGAGUUUACAUGGUUCUUUGGUUCCGUGACAAUUCAGCCAAGCCACUUUAUAGCAUUGAUGUACGAGGGAGAUCCUUUAAUCAAGCAUUAAAUUGGUCAAAUGAUGAUGUCAGGCCUCGUGCUCAAUUCGUUACGGGAACAAAACCAGCUGCUCUUAUUCUAGAAAAUAUCCAACUCUCUGAUGAGGGUAUUUAUCGGUGUCGUGUUGAUUUUCGUAAAUCACCAACGAGAAACUUUCAAGUUAAUCUCACAGUUACUUAUCAACCACAUCAACUUUUGAUGUUGGACACGUCCGGAAGGGAAAUUGACUCAGUGGUUGGUUCUUAUCAAGUUGGCGACGAGUUCAAGUUAUCUUGUGAAGUUCGAGGAGGAAAACCGCCACCUACUAUAACGUGGUUCGUGAAUGGCAAACAAGUAGAUGGGCACAGUAGUGCGAAAGGCGAAAAUGUCAUAUCCAGUACUCUACGAGUUUUCCCGUUGAGAAGAGAACACCUUAAUACAACAUACAAGUGUCGUGCUUCUAGUACCGACCUCGUACCGCCUUUAGAAAAGUCUGUCAUACUAGAUGUCUAUCUGAAGCCACUCAGUGUUACGAUACCAUCCAAACCAUCGAUAUUGGAAUCGGGUAAAACGUACAACUUGACCUGCAGAGUAACUGGAUCACAUCCACGUGCACGAGUACUUUGGCUAGAAGGAAAUGACGAAUUUAAAAACGGAAAUAUUAUAGAACAUGAUAAUUCUACAGUGGUAUACAGUACAUUAGAAUUUACACCAGUGCCCGAAGAUCACAGCAAACAGUUGAGAUGUCGAGGAGAAAAUCCGGUGCUGAGCAACGCUUUUCUCGAGGAUCUUUACCACUUGAAUGUCGUCUUUCCACCGAAGGUGCAGCUGGAAUUAGGCAAUACUCUUAAUCCUGAAAAUAUCAAAGAAGAAGAUGAUGUUUAUUUUGAAUGUAAAGUUCGCGCCAAUCCACAGCACAACAGGAUAACUUGGAAGCACAAUGGUCAUAUUCUUACACAAAACUCCACGGCAGGGAUUUUGAUGAGUUCUCAGAAUUUAGUGUUACAAAAAAUAAGUCGUGAAAAUGGUGGAAAUUAUACCUGUUUAGCAAGCAAUGAUAGAGGAGAAACGACGAGUUCAGUUGUUCCAUUGCGAGUUCAAUUUACUCCAGUUUGCAGAACAAAGGAUGUUACAAUAAUUGGAGCUUCUUUAGACGAAUCAGUCAAGAUUCGUUGUGAGGUAGACGCUGAUCCGAAUGAGGUUGACUUCGUAUGGGAGUUUAACAAUAGCGGCGAGAAUUUCGAGCUCGCACCCGCCAAGUUUGAUGGGAACAACGGAACAGCCAGUGAAUUCAUCUACACGCCCAUAUCUGAGAGGGAUUAUGGUGCAUUGACCUGUUGGGGAAGGAAUGCGAUUGGAAAGCAAAAGACGCCUUGUGUCUACCAAGUAAUUCCAGCAGCCAAACCAAAUCCUUUAAACAACUGCACGAUAAAAGCUUCAUUAAAUCAAAGCUUAGAGACUCUGGAAAUUGAAUGUACGCCUGGUUACGACGGAGGUUUACGACAAGAUUUUCGUCUAGAAGCUUAUGAAGCGCAAACCAACACCCUCCGUGUAAACAUCUCGAGUAAUAACCCCGAGGUGCCUGUAUUUCGUAUUCCCGUAGCUGAUCUUCUGCCAGCCACUCAUUUUUAUCUGAUUGUCUACGCGAUUAAUGCCAAGGGAAAGAGCGAAGUAUCCCUUUUGGAAGAUAUUAUACUUCGGGACUCUGGAAAACAACCUGAUAGCGGAGUCAAUGUGGUUCCUCUGGUGCUUUUAUUCAUCGGAUGUCUUAUAGCACUUGGAAUAACAGCUUUGUCGGUGAUGCUUAUGAUGUAUCGACGUCGUGGUACUACAUCUCCUGUACAUGUUGAACCAUACAUGAAGCAACCAAUCAUCAGUCCACCUGAUUCUCGAAAUAAUUCGAUGCUUGAUGUUACCCAUGGGGAUCAUACAUAUUUUGUAGAGUAUACUUUAAAGCAAGUUGGAGAUUAUGCGCUCAAUCAACCUGAUAUUAUACAAUCUCCUCAAGACCAAGAUAAGAUGAAAAAGGAGCCGCAAUUAUUUUUACCGGUUAGACCGGACACAUUGUUUGCUCCUUAUGAUAUUAAUAAACAAGGACUGCAAACGAAUAAAUGUAGUUUAAAUCCAUUUUCAACGAAAUCGUGGGAACCUAUAAGUUUCAAAACGGACCGUAAUUUAAUGAAAGAAAUAAUAAUCGCAAACUCUAUACCUGGUCCAGAGAAUAUUGUAUCUGUCGGAGUAACCGCAGAUGAUGCUUUAUCUACAAAUUUAUCAAGAAUAUCACGUUUUCUCGCAGACAAUGGACGUAUUGGAGAAACGUCUGGUGUUCGUCGAACUCUAGUUAUUUGUUCAGGAAGUGUUACAUUAUUUGAUAAAUCAUGGAAAGAAAUUUGUGUGCUUGAACGUGGUGUUGAAUGGUCUAAUACUAAUUCAGUAUUGUCUGGUUCAAAUCUCGAAGUGCCUAAUCCUGAAUCUGAUAGAUCUUGUCCAUCAGCUAUGAUGCAACAAUACAUGAAAGAAUUGGAGCAGGAGCCUUUUGAUCCAGAAGAAUUUGUCGAACGUUUAGCUUGGCGUACAGUCAAUGAUUCCAUGGUUGAUGGUCUUAAAGGCAAAUUCGAUCCUUUAUUAGUCCAUGAAACUUUUCUACAUGCAAUAAAAGAUCUCCAAGUUCUAGAAGAACGUCAACAGAAAAAAUGUGAAAAGCUAGAAGUAGCGCUCAAAGAAGAGGAAACUCGUCAUGCGUAUGAAAUAAUUGAACUCCAAGAUAAAAAUAAAAAAGCUAUGGAUCUGUUUCAUCAAUUAGAUGAAAGGAUAAACUUUGUUGCUACGAAAGUUCUUCAUUUAGGCGAUCAGCUAGAAAGUGUAAAUACUCCAAGAGCUAGAGCAGUUGAAGCUCAAAAAUUAAUGAAACAUUUUAGUGAAUUCCUUAAUCCGGGACCACUAACUGAUCCUAUAUUUGCAGAUAAGUCUACAUUAGAUGUAGCCGCAGAUGUGAUACAAAAACUUCAUCUUAUUUCACAAGAAUUGCCAUCAGAUAAAUUUGAUCAAGCAAAAGCUAAAAUAUCAGCUAAAUAUGACGAAAUUGAACGAAGUUUAAUUGAAGAAUUUGUACGUGCUCACAAUAGUGAUGAUGCUGAACGAAUGAAAGAAUUAGCAUCAGUUCUUUCUCAUUUUAAAGGAUAUUCUCAGUGUGUAGAUGCAUUCAUUGAACAAAGCCAAAUGGGAUCAUUUGGUGGAAAAGAUGUUUUUCAAGAUGUCGUUCCAAUGUGUACAAAAAAUUAUAAACUUAUGCAACAAGUGUUUAACAAUCCCGAACAAGUUAUGGCUAAAUUUGUGCUAAAUAUUUAUCAUCUACGGUUACAAAAAUACGCUAUCGCCAAGUUAGCUGACAAAUCAGACUCUGAUAAGUAUUUAAAUAAUUUACACGACUUGUACUGUAAAACGACCAAGCUUUCAGCUGACUUAAAACGUUUUGAAAUGGGCACUGAUGAUGCUUAUUUAAUGAAAUUGACUCGAAAUAUUUUCCAAAAACAUUUGGACACUUAUAUCAAUGUUGAGUUAAAAGCUUUAAGAGAAAAGUGUACAGCAUUGCUAAUUGAAUACUAUGAUUCGAAAAACCAUCAGAAGAAACAACUUCAAACGGGUGGAUUUCAAGAACUUCGACGAGAUUUACAAGCAGUUAUUGGAACUAGGACGAAUAUUAAUAUUGCACAAAUUGAAGAUUAUGGUGGUGAAACAUUUUUAUCAGAAGAAUUGGCAAUUGCACUUCUUCAAAGAACUAAAUUGGCAUUUCAUCGAUGUCAAGUUUUAUCACAACCUCCAGAUGUACCAAUUAAUGCUCUUCAAAUACUUGAAAUUUUGCUACAGUAUUUGAUGAAUGAGCAUGUAGACUAUGCUUUGGAGUUGGGUCUUCAAAGUGUACCCAUACCAGAGAGUAGAACUCCACCUGACAUACAUUUUUUCAGUGUUGUUCGACAAUGCAAUGUUAUUGUUAAACUUUUAGAAGAACAAUUCAAUGAUAGUCUUGUACCUCUUGUUAUUUCGACACCUAAACAUGGAGAUUGUUUAGCUCGACAGAAAGCAGUUUUAGCACAAAUAGAAAUGAAACUUGAUACAGGACUUGAUCGAAGUUUGAACGCUAUUGUUGGAUGGGUAAAAUUAUAUCUGCAAAGUGAACAACGCAAGACAGAUUUUAAACCUGACACUGAUGUUGAUACCCUUAGCACACCUGCUUGUUUAGUAGUAUGUCAAUAUGUCACAGGAAUGAUUCGACAUAUAAGGGAUAGUCUUGAUGGUAAAAAUGUUGAAAAUAUCUUGACAGAAUUGGGAAUACGCUUCCAUCGUGUUAUCUAUGAACAUCUCCAGCAAUUCCAAUUUAAUUCUGCUGGAGCUAUGUGUGCUAUUUGUGAUAUGAAUGAAUAUAAAAAUUGUGUAAAAGAAAUUAAUGUCGGCUUAGUUACAUCAUUAUUUGACACUCUACAUGCUUUAUGCAAUUUAUUACUGGUAAAGCCAGCGAAUUUAAAACAAGUCUGUAAUGGUGAUCAAUUGGCAAUGCUUGAUCGAUCAACACUCAUGAACUUUAUCCAGUUGAGAACAGAUUACAAAACACAAAAAUUAGCAAAUCUUCUGAAAGGUCUUGCAGCUAUUUAAGAACAAAAUGAAUUUGAAUAGUGUAAAGAAAAAGAUUUGUUUAUAAAAUUGGAGAAUUAAAUUUUUUAAAUAACAA